AGGAAAAGCGCAAGAGCCAACAACAGAUGAAGAUAACAGCCGGCGAGUGGCUACGGAUGCUCUAAAACCAGAGCACUGUCCAUUCCCGAUACAUGAUCCUAUAGGCUGAGACGAUGAGCAGCGCCGGCAGGCGGCGGCGGACCACGAGCUCCAUAACCCCGUCCCCGACCUCCUCUUCGUCUUCCGGCAACCAAGAAUCGCGGCCCUCCCAGUUACCCCAGUGGAAGUUCUCCCAGGUCCUCGGCGAGCUGCCGGCGCCCGCCGCCGGGGGGCACCGCAACGGCCCGGCCGCACUCCAAGAUGACGCGGACGAAAUCUCGGCCAUCGAGUUCGACGGCCGCGGCGAGUACCUGGCCGCCGGUGACCACGCCGGGCGCGUCAUCCUCUUCCGAAGGACCGACGACGACGACGCGCCCCCGCAGGCGUGGCCUCGUGCCGAGCUGGAGCGCACGGACUACGCCGUGGCGCCGCCGCCGAGGUACAGCUUCGCGAUGGAGUUCCAGAGCCACGAGCCGGAGUUUGACGUGCUGCACAGCCUGGAGAUCGGCGAGAAGAUCAAGAAGGUGAGGUGGUGCGCGCGGCCGAACCACCGCUCCCUGUGCAUGCUCUCCGCGAACGACCGCACCGUCAAGCUCUGGAAGGUCUCGGAACGCAAGGCGCCGAAGAAAGGGGACGGCGAGCGGCGCCGGAGCACCUCGGCGUUGCCUCUGCAAGAACCGCACUCUGAAUGGGCGGCCACGAAACACAGGGGUUCGUCUGCAGAUUCCUCUGAGCUAAUUGAAAAGAUAGGUGAUGUCGGAGAUGGGUACUCUGCAAAGUGCCGGAGAGUCUUCGAUCGUGCUCACGAGUUCAACAUCAACUCCAUCUCGAAUAACUGUGACGGGGAGACGUUCGUGUCCGCGGACGACCUGAGGAUCAAUCUGUGGCACCUGGAGGUGACGAGCCAGUGCUUUAACAUCGUCGACAAGAAGCCCGCGGACAUGGAGGAUCUCGUAGAGGUGAUCACCACGGCCGAGUUCCACCCGUCGUCCUGCAGCCUGCUGGGCUACGGCAGCUCCAGCGGCCUCGUCCGUCUGGUCGACCUGCGGCGGUCGGCGCUGUGCGACCAGAGCGUCAGAACAUUCAAGGAUCGCCAGAGCCGACCUCAGCCCAGCACAUUUUUCACCGAGAUAAUCUCUUGCACCACCGAUCUGAAGUUCACUGGCGAGGGAAGAUGCCUUCUAACUCGAGACUACAUGAACCUCAAGCUCUGGGACUUGCGGGUGGAGACCUCACCCAUCGCCACAUACAAGGUGCACGAGUUCCUUCGCCCAAAGCUGUCAGAGUUAUACACCGAGGACUACAUUUUUGACCGGUUCAGCUGCUGCGCCAGCAAGGACGGGAGCUACUUCGCCACUGGAUCUUACAGUAAUACGUUCAAAGUUUUCUCCCGUACUGCUGCGCAGACCUCUGGCACUACGUUGGAAGCUAGCACCAACCCUUACAGGGUACAAUCACAUGCUCCUACAAAGAUUCCGGUGCUCUUCAGCAGUUUCUCUCUUGGAGUUGGUAGAAAAGGUCAGGAUGGUCCGAGGUCAGACGGCAAGGAGGAAAUGCCAUGCAACAUGGCAUCAAGGGUCACACAUAUAGCGUGGCACCCGAUGGAAAACUUCAUCGUUUGUGCAGCCAAUAACAGCUUGUACAUGUACCAUAGAUAAGCACACUAAUGUCAUAUUCCCUCCGUCCCAAAUUGACUUUUCUAUGUAUAUGACUUUUGCUACGUAUCUAGAUAUAUUAUGUACCAUCUAGGUGCAUAACAAAUCUAGGUGCAUAACAAAAGCUAUAAAUCUAAAAAACCCAAACGAAUAGUAAUUUGGGACAGAGGGAAUAUUUAUUACAGAGCAAAUUGCAGAGUAGCAUUCAUAACUGUUCGUGCCCAGAAAAGGAGAUGCGUUGCCACGUUACAGUGCGUGUUUUGAGCACAAUAACUGAAUGUACAUUGUUCAAGAUCUCCCAGCAAAUCAGAGAAAGGAAAAGACGCUCCUACAAUUAA